UCCUGCUCCUCCCCUUCCCCAGCCAGCCUAGGUUAGCCCCAGGCUGCACGUGUCAUUGUUUGGGUACGUGCAGCCUCUGGGACGGGAAAGUACCGGCAACUGAAGAUUAAACUGCCAGGGCGCGGUGGCCAGGGGCUUUAAAUUCUCCCCCACUGGGGCAGGCCUAUGCAUUUUUAUCUGCCGGUCCGCAGACUCGCCAACCAAUCUGCAUUUCCAGGGAUUCUGGUCCUCUGCUUUAGGCGGGAGAUGCUGCUGCUUGAUUGCAACCCAGAGGCGGAUGGUCUGACACAUCUAUUACAGACUGGGUGUUCCGUCAAUGCACCCCCGGAUUCCUGUGAGCAGUCGCCUGUCCACUUAGCUGCAGGUGGCGGCUUUGCUUACUUUCUUCUCUGGCAGUUGCAAACAGGCGCUGAUCUCAACCAACAGGAUGUUUUGGGAGAAGCUCCGCUCCAUAAGGCAGCUAAAGUUGGAAGCCUGGAAUGCCUUAGCUUGCUUGUAGCCAGUGAAGCCCAGAUUGAUUUAUGUAAUAAGAAUGGGCAAACAGCUGAAGAUCUUGCUUGGUUACAUGGAUUUCGAGACUGUGCCAAGUUUCUUACAACAAUUAAAUCUAUGCAGACAAUAAAAUCAAGUGAACAACCUAUUAGGGAUCGCUGUGUCCCAGUGCUUGGACAGAAACGAAGUUUUGGAAGUACAGAAAAUAUAAGUGAGAAAAGAAAGUGUUAAUAAGUUUGUAAAACUUUUUUUUUCCUCCCUCAAGAAUCUCCUUUAGCAUAAAACUUAACCGUUCCAUUUAAUUAUUGACACUCUUAUAUUGGUACUAUCUCUUUAUUUUCUUUUUUUGGUUUGGAGAGUGUGCUACGGAUUGAACCCAAGGCCUU